AGUAAGAGGAGAGAUCAAAAACCAAAAAACGCUUUGAAAACUGAUAGAGAGAGAAAGAGAAAGACCAAAACCAAAAACAGAGAAAGAGAAAUAGAGAGAGAGAGAGAGAGAGACAACACAGUGGUUGUGUGUGUGUGAGAGAGAGAGAGAGAGAGAGAGCUCUGUAAAUCCAGACCCUCCUUUCUCAUCUUGUUGUUGAUGUUGUUGUUUGUUAGAUUAGAUUACAGAUAGUCUCCAUUUGAUCAGAGCCUCUCUCUCCCCCAUUCCUUAAUUGUACAGAGGGCGAGGUUGUUCUGGAACCGUGCAAUCCAAGUCCGGCUUUCGUUGUUGUUUGUCGGAGUGGUGGUGGUGGUGGCCGUACAAUGGAGAGGUACGGUCGGAACACGGAAGGGACGCAGUCGGAUCCGUCGCCGGAGUGGAGCGGUCCGGGACCGGAAACCGGGCUGGAAGAAUCCAUGUGGCAGUUGGGCCUCGGACCCGGAGAAUCGUACCCGGAACGGCCCGAGGAGGCCGAUUGCAGUUACUAUCUCAGGACUGGGAUUUGUGGCUACGGCUCGAGGUGUCGGUACAAUCACCCCCGUGAUCGUACUGCGGUUACCGGAGCUCUGAGAGCUGGGGCGGUGGAGUACCCCGAGCGACUGGGCCAGCCUGUGUGCCAGUAUUAUAUGAGGACAGGGACGUGCAAAUUUGGCGCCACUUGUAAGUAUCACCAUCCUAAGCAGGGAGGAGGCUCUGCGGCCCCUGUAUCACUAAAUUACUAUGGAUACCCAUUACGACCGGGUGAAAGAGAGUGUUCCUACUAUGUGAAAACUGGACAGUGUAAGUUUGGUGCAACUUGUAAAUUCCAUCAUCCACAGCUGACUGGCACACAAUCUCAAGUGCCAUCACAAGCCCAAGCUUCAAUUAUACCUGCACCCACAUUGUAUCAAACUGUGCAAACUCCAUCCGUUUCCUCACAGCCCUAUGGAACAGUAAUGGUUGCAAGGCCUCCUUUGCUACCUAGCUCAUACGUUCAAAGCCCCUACGGUCCAAUGCUGAUUCCCCCUGGAAUGGUUCCUUUCUCAGGUUGGAGUCCAUAUCCGGCUGGUGCAAGCCCAUUAGCGUCUCCUAGUACUCAAACCGCUGUUGGUUCAGGGGCACUUUAUGGGAUAAAUCAACUAUCUCCUUCAGCGCCUGCAUAUACAGGAAUCUUUCCAACUGUACCUUUUUCUCUUGGUCCUCCAACCUCUAGCCAGAAGGAGCAAUCUCAUCCUGAAAGACCUGGCCAAGCAGAAUGUCAGUAUUACCUGAGAACAGGGGAUUGUAAAUUUGGGUCCUCAUGUAGAUAUCAUCAUCCAGCAGAAGUUGUUGCACCAAAUACACCUGUUGUCCUUAGCUCCAUUGGUCUUCCGUCGCGCCCGGGUGCACCACUUUGCACUCACUAUGCACAACGUGGAGCAUGCAAAUUUGGGGCUGCAUGCAAAUUUGACCACCCAAUGGGAACACUCAGUUACAGUCCAUCAGCGUCUUCUCUCACCGAUAUGCCAGUUGCCCCCUACCCAGUGGGAUCGUCAAUUGGUACGCUAGCCCCAUCAUCUUCAUCGUCAGAAUUGCGGCCUGAACUUAAUUCAGGCACCAGCAAGGACUCAGUUUCUGCCAGAAUGUCUUCAUCACUGAGCACUGUUAGUGGAUCAGUUGGUUCUACUGUUUCUAAGGAUGGUGUUGCCCAUUUGGGUGGCCAACUGUCUGCUCAGGGUUCUGGCCCUUCAACUACCAGUGACAACAGUACAGAGUCUCAUAGUUCAAGUUAAGCAAGGUCAAGGGACUUUCCAUUGUUCUUUUUUGAUCAACUAUUCAACUUUCUCCAACCAAAAUAUCGUUUUUCUUUUUGCAAGUCCUCCAACAGAGGCUUCAUAUCUCACUGGCUUAGCAUACUCAGUUACAUUCAUCUCUGUGUUAUAUCAUCUUUAUAUGGCCCUUCCAUUUUAUCUUGAAUAAGCAAUGGCCAACCUCCAAAAGUUUAGCAAACCCAAUACAGCCUUCCACCUUUCUCUUUAAUAACCAAGAAAAAAGCUUCCAUUAGGCAAUUCCAUCUCCUGUUCUCCGAUUUUGGAAUGUGUUAUCUUCAUCUGUGCUCGAGCCCUGUCCAGAUUGAAAAGAUUAGUUCCACGGUUUCAUGCUUUCACAUUGACCGUGCAUUCAUGUCUAUCCCUUUCACAUUGACCGUGCAUUCAUGUCUAUCCUUUCCUAAGUUUUCUUUUAAAUUGGGGAACAAGCUUUCAGUUCAUCUUGGGAAUUCGAAUUCAUGUUUCCCCCUACUUUUUGUCCAAGGUCUAUUUUGAGAAAAGAGAAGCAAUUCAAAGACCCAAGGAGGCAUCAACAAUGCUACUUUAUAAGGGAUUAGAUACAUAGUUAUGUUGUCAAUGAAAAUGCUUGACCAUGUUAUUGAUGAAUUUAUUAUGAAAUACAAAGUAUACUCUUGACUGUAUUAAUUAUAAUCUCUCUUCCUGAUCA